AUGCCGCAGCUCAUUCCCUCCGCGUUCUCAUCCUUCAGCCAACCUGUUCUUUCCUGGCACCGUCUCAACAUGCUCCUGCCUUCUUUCAUCUUUGUUACGGCAUGGUGUCUCGUGUUACCGUGCCUGGGCAACUUCACCGAGGACGACACGCACGAACUGCAUCGCAGAGGGAUACGAGUCGUCGGAUCAAGCGGGCCCGGUGGCGUAGAUGGCAUCAGAGAUCUCUUCCUCAUUGACGAGUACAGCCACCGUGACAAUCAUAUUGACACACUCGAUACUUGGGUGCAAGAGGCUGCCACUCUUCACACUGGACUCGACCACGCCUUCAGGCACGCCACCAACGGAAAUCUGAAUUCCUACAUCGCUCACUUCAUGAUGUUUUUUGGAGUACAGUGGGACUUCGACCCGAAGAAGUGGAAGUGGAAGGACGAUGAUCUAGUGAACGAGCGGAUCGUGGAGGCCAUCGAAGAUCACAUCAAUCGAGUCACUCAAUUUCUGACUGGAGGCGGUCUGGUAUCAGACGACGAAUCAUCCGAAAAGCCGCGCCUCUUCUGCUCGGGUGCCCCCUUUGAGAAGCAAGAACCCGGUCGUGCUGCCCGGGACAUCAACGGCAAAGACAUGGUGAUGGCUCGUGACGACACCACCGGGGCGCCGACCGAGUACUUGACCGUCGACAGGGCCUUCUCUCAGCAGCGAAAUGGGGGCAAUAACGUGUUCUGGGUUCUCGCCUUCAACGGCUACGAUUUCAGCGAAACGGACAGCAUGUGCCCGCCGCCCGACUCGAAGGGGAGACAGCGCGUCGGUAGAACUGCAAAACCCAUCUCUAGCGGCCUUUUCGACUACUGGAACGGAGAAGAAAUGGUCGAGUACAACAUGGGAAAGACGAACAGACACAUAAUCUUGUGCCCGGUCGCCUUUGACUCCAGUCUUGGAGGCGCCCACUCGGUGGCGUCCCUGUCCGAGACUGUGGGGAGCCUGUAUCCCUCCAACUUUGGGUCUGCAGAUACUAGCAAAGCACUGGACAGGAUGAUAACCCGGGGCUCGACCUUGUAUCAUGAGCUCUUCCAUCUCACGGAUGACGAUGAUACCCUCCCUCAUACCAAGGCUCAUGACAAGUACGACGAGAGUUACAAUUUGGCCAGCAUUGCCACAGCCGUGGGGGACCAAAAACGCGUAAAUGACCGGAUCAAACUGGCUCACAUAGGUACCCGUAAACCUAUUAAGACCUACUUCUCGCUAUAG